AUGGCGACUCGAGAGACAGCAGGUCGAAGUUCGAGUAAGCUCGUAGCCCCGCUGGAUAACACGCAAUUUGACAUGGGGGUGACCUUGGGUACCGGAUCUUUCGGUCGUGUUCGGUUCGCGACGCAUAAAGCGACCAACACGUACUGCGCGAUCAAGAUCCUGAAGAAAGCCGAGAUUAUUCGACUGCAGCAAGUCGAGCACAUGCUGUCGGAAAAAGCGAUUCUGCAAUGCUUGGACCACCCGUUUAUCGUGAACUUGAUUGGUACGUACCAGGACACGAGAUACUUGUACAUGGUGCUCGAGUAUGUGGUCGGUGGCGAGUUUUUCACGCACCUUCGGAAAGUCGGACGCUUUGAUACCAGCGCAGCCAAGUUUUACGCCGCACAGAUCGUGUCAGUCUUCGAGUACAUGCACAGUCAGAACUUCAUCUACCGCGACCUGAAGCCUGAGAACUUACUGCUCGACAGUCACGGCUACAUCAAGAUCACGGACUUUGGGUUUGCGAAGCGCGUGGCGUUCAAGACGUACACGCUUUGUGGCACACCCGAGUAUAUUGCACCGGAGGUGCUGCUGAACAAGGGACACGGCAAAGGUGUGGACUGGUGGACGCUUGGGAUCUUGCUCUACGAGAUGCUCGCAGGUCAGCCGCCGUUCUAUGAUGAAGACCCCAUGGGCAUAUACCAGCAGAUUCUCUCCGGCAAGAUUAACUUCCCGCGCUUCUUUGAUCGCAACGCUAAGGGACUUAUCAAGCGAUUGCUUACCGCCGAUCUUACGAAACGAUACGGAUGUUUGAGGAACGGAGCGGACGACAUCAAGAAGCACAAGUUUUUUGCCGGUGUGAAUUGGGACGACUUGUUAGCGCGGAGGUGUGCCGCACCGAUCAUACCACGUGUUGGCUCAGCUAGCGAUACGUCCAAUUUCGACUCGUACCCGGACUCCACGGAGGAUGCGAUGGUUCCCGUUUACAACGGCAGGGAUCCGUUUGCCGAUUUCUAG